AUGUGGAUAAAAUUGUUAAAUAAAAUUCAGGAAUCAAAACAAUCAUAUUAUCAAUCAUGUAAAAUGUUAAAGCAUGCGGAAGCCAAUGAACGAAAUGCCUCGGAUGAUGAACAACGACGAAAAUUAUCAGAUAAAGUUGAUGUGGCCAAACGCGAAGUUGGUUUUACACGAACCAAAUAUCAACAAGCAUUAAAGGAUAUGUCUGAUCAACGACCACGUUAUGAACAACAAAUGUAG